AUGGGGAUGGGGGGCAAGAAAACUGGAGAAAAAUAUUCCUCUGGCGGGGCGUCGCGUGGAGGUCGAGGUCGCCGGCGCGGCCGAGGGUGGCGCGUGCGCCGGAGGCGGCGGGGGCCUGCUCCUGAGGGCGUGAAGAAAGCCCCGCAG